AUGGUGGGACCUCCCGGCACGAGAAGACAGGACAGACGGUGUGAAUAUCACAAAGAUCACGGUCAUGAUGCGAACAACUGCUAUGCUCUGAAAGACCACCAUGAGGAAUUGGUGCAAGAUGGUCGGCUUCAGCAGCACGUACGAAAGAACACAAUCAAAACUGUUGCCCUUCGGCAGGAUUCGCCUCCGCUGGGCAUCAUUCGUAUGAUAUAUGACCUUCCAACGCCACUUGCCGUAUACGUAAUUCAAGCCCCCCAGAAGCAACGCACACCAUCGAAGCAGCCCCACGAAGCUCCGAGUAUUAUCUUCAACGAUUCUGAUCUUAUCGGCGUAACACUCCUCCAUAGUGAUCCAUUGGUCAUUGAGCUACACGUAAAUCGAUUUGUCGUUGAACGCGUCUUCAUUGGCUUCCCAUCCAUUGUUUAG